AAACUGCCCUCACUGAAAAGUGUUGUCAGAUCGGCGGCCAGAAAAUCGAACAAUCGAAGUGUUCAUGGACAAGGAUGGACUCUCUCCAAAUUCAUGUCACUUAAGAAUCCGGGUCAAUCUGCAGUCAGGAAGCGGAAACCAUCGAAAAAAGGACGACAGCGAAGAAGCAUGCCGAAAACGAACACACAACAGGCAGGUUCAGAAUCUGCAAGCCUUCCAGUUCAGUCGUUACCGCAAACGAAACCACACAUGGAUGAUAGAAAUUUUGAGCAUCUGGACCUGGUCUGGGCAAAAUGUCGGGGAUCCCCUUGGUAUCCGGCCAUGGUGAUCAAUCCGGCUGCACCAACCAAGGAAUAUAAUCAAAACGGAGUACCCAUCCCCGUUCCACCUGAGUCUGUUCUCAAUGUCGGGUCCAGUGCCGCAGUUCCUUUUCAGACAGGCCCACUUCGCGUUACGGACGCCGCGAUGAGUCCAAACUCAAACACCGCGUCCCCCUCCCCACUCCCAGUGAACGCUAACACCUUGCCUCCAGCGAGUCCCACAUUCCUCGUUCUGUUUUUCGAUGGAAAACGAACCUGGCAAUGGUUACCAUAUGACAAGCUACUCCCUUUGGCAACCAGCACCGCCAUCGACGAGGAGAAGCUGCACGAGGCUAAGCGAAGCAAACUUAGGCAAUCGGUGGUGAAAGCCUAUGGACGGGCAAUAGAACACUAUUGUAAAGUCAACGGACGCCCGUGUCCGUUCAGUGAUGGGGAUACAGACGAGGUUGCAGCCUUCCGGAAAUAA